ACAAGUAAAUAUGGUAUGGACAUACGCAGGUUUGCUGACGUCACCUGGCUGUAUUCAGGCGGGAAAUUGAAAUAUUUACCGAGCCCAACUAAAGUCACUAGAUCUACUAUUACUUUUAGAAAGUACGGCAAACUGCCUGUGGUCGGAAUUCGACAGAGAGGAACCUAACCUAUGUGUUAAACAAAGAUAGCGCGAGGCUAGUAAUUUUCGCUAUCUGUCAACGAAAGGUUGAUGUGUUUACGAUUUGAGGUUACGACAGACUGUACUAGAAUUAUUGAGUUAACGGACCGGAAAGAACACUAUUCCAGUCCCAAAGUAACUCCAGCCCUAUUCAACGAGAAAGUGUCACCGGUAACCAGCAAACAGUCGUGGAAGACGUGUUACCACCAAGGCAAUUGACGGCCAAAUGACAGUAACAGGAUCGCCAUACUGGAAGCAAAAAAUACCUGCUGUCGAAAAGACGGAGCAUAACAAGGACACAUAUAUUUUCUUAUUAUUUGCUAUCAUCCCCGCUAUUUUUUUAACAACGCUAGGUCGCUAGCAAACCACCAAUUUGUUUUUACGCAUCAGUUUGGUAACAAUAAACAAUAACCCUCAUAACCACAAAAACUCAUAACUGCCUCAUAACCCUUAAAAUUGAUAUUUGACAUCAGAUGUCAACACAGAAGUGGAAGGUCAUUCAUUCCACAUGACGUCAGAUAACGUUGCGCAGAAGAAGACGAGUUUUGGUUCAUGGGAUGUCCAUACCAUAUUUACUUGUAUCAUGGUCUGUCUAUGGUCUGUGGUUCUGUAAUGUCAAUGAUGUGCAUACUCUGGUGCUUACUGUCAACAGUGUCAACAACUUUUCAGGUUAUGUUGACAUAUUUAUGUAUCAAAAUCAAACAUCGAUAAUUAUCACUAGUAAUAAGAAUAAUACGACUUGUGUGUUCGGUUAAUUGGAUUGCUGUUUUUGAUAGAAAAUACAAUAAAAUGAGUUGUAGAAUAUGUCUGUCUGAAACGACGCAAUCUGAAAGUGUUAAUAUUUUCACAAAAGGUCGGAGUAAUGAAACAAUAUCCGAUUUGAUAAUGAAUUUUGCGUAUAUCGAAGUAUUUGAAGAAGAUAAUCUGCCAGAUGUAGUUUGUCUGUUAUGUCUUAACCAUUUAAACAAAGUGUAUGAAUUUCGAGAUUUAAUUAUAAAAUCCGAUGCACACUUAAAGGAAAUGCGAAAUAAGAUACCAUUAGCAAGUGAAGAUGAAAAUAACUGCAUUAAAAAUGUAUCCAAUGAGCAAACACAAUUUAGUCAAAAUGAACAAUAUCAACCCAUGGUACAAUGUGUGGAGGCACCCACAAAUUUUGUUUCACUUAACGACGUGAUGGUUUGUGAAAACAAAAACGUGACACAAAAUGAAACUAAUGAUUUUAAAAAUAAAAGAGUAAGUUACUCCAUAAAUGAUGAAGAUGACGUGAGAAAUUGUCGAAGAGGAAAAACCAAAAAGUACAAAUGUGAUCAAUGCCAAAGUAGUUUUAAGAAUAGAUACAAGUUAAUCUUACACAAAACUGUACAUACAGGAAUAUUUCCUCAUAGUUGUGAUAUUUGUAACAAAGGGUUUCCAACAAAUUGGUCUAUGAAUGUGCAUAGACGAAUACACUUUGAGGAAAGACCAUUCCAGUGUGAUCUCUGUGAUAAAUCAUUCAAAAGUAAAAGUGCUCAAAUAAUUCACAGAAAAAUCCACUUGGGAAUUAAAAGUUACCAGUGUAAAGUGUGUGGCAAACAGUUCGUACAAAUGGGAGGUUUAAGAGCUCAUCAAUAUACUCACACUAGUGAAAAACCUCUCGUUUGUGAGUAUUGUGGAAAACAUUACACCUCAAAGCGGGCUCUCGAUAGACAUUCCAGAAUUCAUAAAGGCACUCCCAAUGAACCAUGUCCAAUAUGUGGCAAAAUGUACGCAGGCGACGUUAAUGUGAAAAUACACAUGAAGACUGUACACGCUGAAGAUAGAAUACGCUUCCCAUGUGAAGUUUGCAACAAAAGUUUCUCUUCAAAGUCUGUUCUCAAAAUACAUAUGAGAAUUCAUGAAGGCAUCAAACCAUUUUCAUGUGACUUGUGCGGUAAAAGCUUUAGGCAAGCAAGCGUCGCGACGCUUCAUAAAAGGGUGCAUACAGGAGAGACGCCGUUUACUUGUACAUUCUGCGACAAAAAGUUUGCAUACAAACACCACCUCAAAAAACACAUGGAAAGAGAUCACGUUAAGAAAGAGUUUAACGUGCAGUGUGCUUGAUUUCAUUUUACAUACAGAGGCGACAUGAACUAAAUAAUACAUACAGUUCAUAACGGGUAACCAAAAAGCUUUCAGAUAAGACUUGGCCAUGGAAACAUUUGUCAUGUCUUUGAUCAAAUACAUAACCUCAUUUAUAAUAAAAAAUGUUGAUUUUUUGACAUUUACAGUUUAAUCAAAGACAUGAGAAAUAUUUCCAUGGCCAACUCUAAUCUGAAAACUUUUUGAUCACCCGUUAUUUGUUCAAAAAAUGUUUGAGUUGUGGAAGGUUAAAACUGUUACGCCAAAAGGCAAAGAAUGAAUGUAAUGUAUUCUUGUAGUUAUUUAGUAAUUACAGUUGUACACAAUUACAUAUAAAAUUGUCUUGGAAGUUGGUAGUUACAAGGACUAUCAAUUUUGUACAUUAUUUUAUCACUGUAA